UAAUCCUGGCCCUCGCUGGCGGCUAACGUAGAUAACCUCCCUACGCUAUAAAGCCCGCUCAAUUGCCAUCGUAUGCCAUCGUCCCCUCCACCCUCCACCAGCCACGAUGUCAUGAUCUAGCCAGCUGGUAGGUAGGGUUGCUAAAACUAUCUAGCUAGCUAGCUAGCUAGCUAGGCCCCCUCUCUGGAAGGACUCUUGAGUUCGCGAGUAAGCAAGGCAGCAGAGAGGGAAUGGAUCGAGGGCAGCGCUAUUAGGACUAUUGCCCAACAUCUAAACGUGAUUCGAUUCCACCGCAGUAAAAGGGGGUCCACUGCAUCGCAUGUAGCUACAGUGACUGUACCUGGUACUAGUAGCUAGUUGCUGAAAGGCUUGAUGGCUGCAGGUGCAUUGUUGCAUUCGCGGCUGCAGCUGCCGCCUUUUUCUCUUUCUUCCUCCCUUCUUCGUCAAGUUGGGGCGGUUGUUGUCUGGGUGCUUGUCGCGGCUGCUUUGAGGGAAACCCCUCGAGGCUCGAGCAAGGUGGGAGCUGUUCACGGCUUGGUAGCAACUUUGCCCCAAGGAGCAAGUGUGCGCUUCGCAAUUUACAAGAUUAUCCGUUAUGUCUUUGAGCGUCCAUAAAUCUUCGCCUCCAAAGAGACGGAGUGCACAAAGCGGAAAAGCACAAGGCAAAGAGACUCCUUCACCAUGGCCAUCACGGCCUCUUGGAGCAACCACUAAAGUCCAAAAUCAACCACCAACAAUCCCCCACCAUGAGCUCCCCUGUGUCUAUCAGCAAGAAGCGCAAGAGACCGCCAAGUGACAAUGAUCGUCGAAAAGCUCUCCGUAUGGUCGGUGAAGACCCCAAUCUUCUUGGCGGAGACCUCCAUCAUUUCAACGACGACAAGGAGAUUGUCUUGGCAGCCGUGAGUGAAGAUGGCAGUGUUUUGCAACACGCAUCGCGAAGACUACAAACCAACAAGAAGAUUGUACUGGCCGCCGUACAGCAAGAUGGUGCUGUGUUGGCAAUGUCCUUUAUUCACUACAGUUUCCGAGACGAUGAGGAUGUUUGUUUGGCAGCCUUGCAAUCUUUGUCGCCCGAAAAGUCCCACAUUCUGCAGUGUAUUUCCCCCACACUCCGAGACGAUAAAGAAUUCAUGCUAGCCGCGGGACGAUUGUGUACCCACUAUGAUCCAUUUGUGGGCUAUGCUUCCGAACGACUGCGCAACAGCCGGAGAUUUAUCCUCGCUGCAUUGGAGCAAGGCAAUGCGGCACUCAAGCAUGCAUCACAGCGGCUCCGAGACGACCCGAAAAUUGUCCUGCGGGCCGUGCAUCACUCUCCCAAAGCACUCAUUCAUGCGUCGUAUCGAUUGCAGAAGGAUCGGGACAUUGCCAUGGCUUUGGUGGAGAAUGCAAGCAACACGAAUCACAGCAUGGAAUCGCUCAUUCAGGAUAGGUUCAUGGGAGACCGACAAUAUGUCUUGGCGGCCAUUCACAAUGCACGCACCAACGAAGUCUUUGCGCUGUUGAAACGAGCCAGUGGAAACUUGAAAUCGGAUCGAGAAGUAGUGCUAGCUGCCGUUCGAAAAGACGGCAAUACACUCACGUUGGCAUCGAGACGCCUCCGCAACGACAGACGGAUUGUCCUCAAAGCCGUCAAGCGAACGGGACAUAUGUUGGAGUUUGCCUCGGACAAUCUGCAGGAUGACGCGGAACUGGUCCGAGAAGCCAUCCACCAGCAUGGUGGUUGUGCUGGUAUAUUGGAGCACGCGUCCGAUCGUCUGCGCUCCAACAAGGGCUUUAUACUAGACGUUACAGACGGGGAUGGUCUUUUGAUCCUACAAUACGCAUCCGAGGAGCUACACAAUAAUUCACAAACGAUUGCAAACGUUAUCAAACGGGCUGUCUUUCAAGAAUUUCAGAAGGACGGCGUGGACAAUGCGGACCUGUUUCGAAAGUUGCCAGAACGUCUCCGAGAUGACUAUGACGUGGUCAAGGAGGCUAUCCUGGGCGAUGUCGAUAUCGGUCGCUUUUCUCCCGAAAUGCUCCAGUUUGUAUCACCGAGAUUGUUGAACGAUGCCUCCAUUUUGAGAAAAGCCAUUCGCCGUCAACGCCAUGAUCUCAAAAAGGUGGGUGUCUUACAACCCAGCGCCGGGAAUCAUGCGUUGGAUUUUGUACCCAUUCACAACAUUCGAAGAAUGCUCGAACUCCAGGAAGUAGCAGAGUUCCCAUUGCGCUUUGAGGAGCUGCCAGUGGAACUACGCAACGACAAGGAGAUUGCUCUGACGGCCGUCCGCCAAGACGGAAGGUUGCUCCGGUUCUGUUUGCCAGAUCACCAGGAUAGAGAGAUUGCUUUGGCGGCCGUGACAGAGAACUGCCAGGCAAUCGAGUACGUGUCCGAGUCACUGCAAUCAGACAACGAGAUUGCUCUAUCUGCCGUUUCAGGGGAUGGUCUGCUUCUGAGGUACUUGCCAAGUUGCAACGAGAAGAGUAUUGUCGUUGCUGCAGUGUCACAGAACCCGAAUGCCAUCACCCAUACGUCGGAGGCUUGGAAGGCCGACAAGGAGAUCGGUCUGUUGGUUGUUUCGCAAGAUGACUCUGGGUCUUUGAUUCAAUAUUUGGACGCGUAUGUGCGUGCCGAUAAGAAGGUGGCUCUGGCUGCCGUAAGGAAGAAUGGAAAUGCUUUCCAGUAUCUUCCAGAGCACACGCGGGAGGACAGAGAGCUUGUCCUAUGCAUUCUUGAGAAGAGCGACAGCCAAGAGAUGGCUAAAAGCGUCCUCGCCGUCCUCCCACACAGCCUCAAAGCAGACAAGGAGGUCGUUUUGGCUGGAAUGAAGCACGAUGGCGAUUUCUAUUUUCAAUUGUACGGGUCACUGGCGGCAGACAGGGACGUGGUCCUUGCAGCUUUAGAGAAUUGCUCCAAGGGGGUGGUGGAGCAGCUGGUUCAAAACUUGGACGAUGCUCUGACCACAGAUCGGGAAAUUGCAAUGGCCGCUGUCAAACGGAAUGGUCAUUGCCUGUGGUAUUUCGCGGAGCUAGUGGAUGACAGGGAGAUUGUACUAUCUGCGGUGAUUGCGGAUGCAUCUGUCAUGCAAGAUGUGGAAGAACAUUGGUCAGAAGACCCAGAGUUUGCCUUGGAAGCUGCAACACAGAACUUUCUUGUCACAGAACACCUGGAGGAGCCGUUGAAGACUGCCCUUCGCAACGAUCCUGCUGUUGUAGCACAAGUAGUUCGAUAUGGUGGCGGCCAAGGUACCGGUGCCCAAAGAUGGUGGAGAAGUUUUGUUGGUGAGGAUUUCAAGAAGCUUUUUACGCCAGCAGUUGUUGCUCUCAGGAAAGUUCUUCCGGAGACGGAGGGGGGCGAUUUCGACGUCAUGACAAGUUCAGAUAAAGCAACACAGGUUUCAGCAGGCAUGAUUCUUAGCUUGAGGAUGGAGUCUUGGCACCUGUCUCCGCAUCUGCCGACCGAUGUUCAACGGCUCAUCCGUGGUUACGCGGGCAUUGAUGAAGACAUGAGAGUCGCGGAAAGUAUCCAGCACUGUGCUCCAGUUAUUGGCGCAUUCGCUGAAAGAGGAUUCCUAUGGUCGCACAUUCGAGUUUCUCCGUACCUGUACUCGCAACCGUCUGAGGUAGAGGAUCCGGAGGCGGAAGAAUCGGAUGCCUGAAUGCCAAUCGACAUCUUCAACCAUUUUACCAUCUCUCCCAGCAAGCAGAAUGCCAACAGCUGAUAUCAGCAAGGGCAUGGUUGGCCUAAGCUUAGAACCAUAGCCAUAAACUCGUACUGUAAUGUCUGGGCUUGCGACAUUGUUCAAUCUACCGUGAAUUGCCGUGUAAUCGAAUGAUUGAAUCGAAUCAUAUGAUGUUGUCGUGUUGCGGCUGCGGAUCCAAACCAGACGUAGUGCCGACUUCGAGACUUGAUUGUCAAGGUUAUGGUGAAGCGUUGCGAAGUCCCAACCAACAGGUACCGGUAUGCCUCCAUUUUUGCUAUAGGGUUCUCAGCUGGCCGAUUCGUCGUCUGCCGACUCAAGGAUGGUUAUUCGCCCAGGCCUGUUGAUUUGUCGUGAUGGUACAUGUACAUGUCGUCUGCCGAGCGCUUAGUCGGUGACAAUUCAUUUUUAGUCAUCGGCAACCGAGACCACCGGGAGGGGAUAGCAUUUUCGUACAAAAAUCUCAUCCACACGAGAUCGAUACAAGUCUCUAUCAUGGGGCCCGAAUCCUCGUGGUGUCCUGGAUAGGUUGUCGUUGAUGCCUCCGGUGCGAAUGGGCCAGUUUGUAUCAUCCAAGAUGAGGCUGGUGCCCAUGUGUUUUCCAUUGAAAUCCGGAAUCAUGUUGGCCACACAAUCGUAUUCGUCUUCAAGUUGAUUCAUGUAUCGAUAGUGGUUUUGUGGGUUGGCAUCAUGACAAGGAAAUUUGUGCGAAUCUACCGCCACUCGAGGAGCUCCAAAGGUGAUGAUUGUGGGGUUGUAGUGUCUCAAGUCAAUGGAUGCCACGACGGCAAUGCUUCCGCCCUGAGAAUUGAAUCAAAAGUGAGCCGAACUCGUUGGUGAUGGUCCAGGCAAUUAUCACGCCAAUGCAUGCAUGUGUUCUGACCACUCGUUUCCUUACCUGACUGUAUCCACCCAAAAAGAGUGGACACUGACCUGUGCAAGAGGCAACACAGUUAUCUACCUGCAGUGUGGUUGUUCAUUCAUAUUGUGAGUGCAGGUACCGGUACCGCACAGGGCAGCAUGGGCUUGAUCAAGAAUGCUGCAGCUUUUGACGCACCUCCGUAAUGAACUCCUCGUAAUACUUGGUAAAAUAUCCAUUCUUGUACCCACUCCGAACAAGGCAAUCGCUGUCCUUGACUCUGGCGCUAAAGAUGUUGGCAUUCUGGAGGUAGU